AUGCCGCGAAUGCUAACUCGACGCCUCGUGUCGCAAUCGUUCCUGUUAGAAGAUGAAACACCUUAUGUUACGACAUUAAAUGAUUUAAAGAAAAGACGUGAAAAAUUAUUAGAGAUUAAAAAAAAUAUUUUGCUUAAGCAAUCAGCAACUCAUAACAAUACUAAUGAACUCCCUGAAAAUUUAACCAGUUUAAUUUAUUCGAAAACAGGAAAUCAAGAAGAGCCAACUGAAGAAAGUUUAACUUUAGCUAACUGUGACACAACUAGUUUCAGUACUUCAUUAUUAAGUUUACUGGAAAUAGGUAAUACUAUGACUUCGACUAAUAAUUUACCAUAUUGUGGUACUGAGGAGGUUGUAUGUACUGAAAACAGUAAUUUACCAAUUGAAUUACCAUCUUUCGACUUUUCAUCUGAUGACUCUGUUGCUGAUCCAGAUUACGUUCCACUCUCUGAAAUAACAUAUGUUGAACCGAUAGCUUCGACAUCAAGAGACAGCAAUAAUCACUUUUUUCCUGAAAGAAACUUGGAAUCUGAACUUGCAAAAGAUUCUAAAGUAAGGAAACGAAAAGCAGAACUAAUGUCUUCAAAAAGGUUUAGGAAUAAGAAUUUGAGAAUGUUAGGUCAAGAA